UACGAUAGUGAUAGCGGUAUUGGUGGCAACUCUACAUAGUGUACAGUCGUCGAAAAAAUUCCGAAAUUUGUUUGUGUACUACUGCAGGUACGCGGCAAAAAGUCUUCUUCACCCGAAGUAAACAAUUGGCGAAAAGCCUUCGAUAACAAUUCAGACGCAAGAAUGGUCAAAUUAGGCAAAAAGAAAGUGGUGGAGGAGCUCAGCCGCAAGAAGUCGGAAACCGAGGGCCGGCGCAGAAACGGAGCCGCCCCCGGCCGCGACAGUGAUGACAAGAGUGUCGUGUCAGAGGAGCAAGCAGAGCGCGGAGACGCCGCAUCCCGGGCCUCCAACUCCUCUUCGGAGGCCAAGAAGGCCACCAAGCGCAAGAGCAAGUCCACGGUGCGUUAUGAAUCGAUUGACAGCGACGACCUACCACUGAACGGCAACGUCGCCAGCGGAGCAAAAAAGUCUCGGAAGUCCGCCAAAGCCAAGGGGACCCCUGCCAAGAACGGCACGAAGGCGGCAUCCAAGCGCCAGUCCGCCGGCAACGAUGCAGCUGAUAAUGAUCAGGAAAACAGCGAUGCAGAAGCCGGUUCACCAGAAGACGAGCAAGAAGAGUAUGAGGUUGAGGCCAUUGUUGGUCACAAGACUAUGCGCGGCGCCUCAUACUUUUUGGUGCGCUGGAAGGGUUACAACAAGGAUUUUGACACUUGGGAGCUUGAAGGUAAACUGAAUUGCGACGAUUUGAUUGCUCAGUUCCGCAACAAGCAGCCGAAAGUUGAUACUGUUGCCAAGGCCAAAGGCAGGCCGAAAGUCGUUAAAAAAACUGCAACCGGUCGACGCGGAAGACCAUCGGGUGGUGCUGCCAAAAAAACGGCUACGCCGGCAGAUCCCGAAAAAGAAUGGACGGUUGAACGCAUUGUUGACUGUGUCGAGGACGAUGAUGGCAGCAAUAUUUAUCGCAUACGGUGGAAGGGAUUCGGGCCCAAAGACGACACAUGGGAGCCGGAGGCAAAUCUGUUCUGCGAGGGCUUGAUCGAGAAGUAUAAGCGUGAGCUGAUUACACAAAAGAAUGUGGAUACCAAGGAGUUGCGCGAGUCGCCAAAGAAGACCAAGCGACUGGUCAACGAGUGCUAUCCGAGAACCAACAUUCACAAUCGUAUUGAACGAUCCUCGAAGCGCUGUGCCGCCAAGAACAGAGUGUUUUAUGGCGAGGAGUGAGUGAAGGCUGCGGCCAAGGCAGUCAUUUCACCGGCUGCCUCGCCACCUCGAAGUGGUCGUCGUCGGCGAAGGCCGCUUGCCUGAAUUCUGAACGUUUUUGUUUUGUUUUUGGGUUUUUUCUUUUCCUCUUUUUUUUAACGUUCCACUGAAUGGAACCAUAUACAAAAACAUAACAUUUACAUUUUAGAUUCGAACAAGCGCCGCAUCACAAUCCAACAGGCCAGCACGGAACACUAAAGAAUACAAAAGAUUUAUUUAGAAUUUAAGAUAAGUCAAGCACCACGGUAUAUUCGUAGUAUUAUAUCUAGUUUUGCUGAACCCAACCAGCAUAGAAUGUAAGAACAAAAUUCAAUUUAGAUCUAAGUAAACAAAAACCUCUUUAAUUUGGCCACUAAAAACUUAUUUGAGUGUAAGGAACUCACUCGUAAUUACACCGUCACCAUUCUUCCCAAUUCUUCAAUCAAUAUGUAGACAUUCGAGUGUAAUAAUAAUUGUAGUACUACUAGGAGAGUUGCAAAAGCAUCUUCAGUAUGUAAUAAAAGUAAUAAAUGUAAACUUAUGUUCA